AUGUUCUUCGAUUUGGGUCUCCUUGUUCUCCUGGCCAUCUUCCUCAGUGUCCAGCUUGGUGUUGCCACAUGUGGGAGCAGCAUCGCUAUGUCCUGCUGCCCUAAUUUCAGCUACUAUGUGAUCCCAUGGAGCUGGGUGUACAGCUAUAAGUUCACCGACAAGAGCUGCACCAGUGACGGUGUGAUAUUCUUUACAAAAACAGGUAAGCAAUUCUGUGUCCAGCCAGGGGCCAAAUGGGUGCAGAGAUUCAUCUCUCUGGUGAACACCAGGAACCAUUUGUGA